CCUCCGCCCUCCCGGAGUCCCCAGAGCCCCAGAGAAGCGGCAGACGUGGCAGACGAGGCGCUUUUCUUGCUCCUCCACAACGAGAUGGUGACCGGCGUCUACAGGUCCGCCGAUCAGGGGGAGGUGGAAAAUGGAAGAUGCAUUACUAAGCUGGAGAACAUGGGUUUUAGAGUAGGACAAGGAUUGAUAGAAAGGUUUACAAAGGACACUGCAAGGUUCAAGGAUGAAUUAGAUAUCAUGAAGUUCAUUUGCAAAGAUUUUUGGACCACUGUUUUCAAGAAACAAAUUGAUAAUCUAAGGACAAAUCAUCAGGGCAUAUAUGUGCUUCAAGACAACAAAUUUCGACUCCUGACUCAGAUGUCGGCAGGAAAACAGUAUUUAGAUCAUGCUCCUAAGUAUUUAAUCAGAGGUGGCUUAUCAAAUUUGGGAAUAAAAAGUAUUGUGACAGCUGAAGCAUCAGCAAUGCCAGCAUGUAAAUUUCAAGUGAUGAUACAGAAGAUGUAG